AUAAAUUCUUAGCAUUUGUCCAAUUUCUAUAAACAUGACUAAUAUCAAAAUAAUCAGCAAAAAAUUGAUAAAACCGUGCAUCCCAACACCUCAAAAUCUCAAGAACUACAAAUUAUCAUUUCUAGAUGAGAUUAGCCCACAAAUGCAAGUUGGGGUCGUUUUAUUCUAUCCAUCAAAAGAAAAAAAUUCCCAUUUGGAAGAAUCAUUGGCCAAAAUCUUGGUUCAAUUCUACCCUCUUGCCGGAAGAUUCGUCGAGAACGAUCUCAUGGUCGACUGCAGCGACCAGGGCGCCCAGUUUGUCGAAGCAGAAGCUCCGGAUGUCGAGCUGCUUGAUCUGAUCGUAGAAAGAAAUCUGGAAAAACUCCAUUUUCUUUCUCCACGCGAAGCCAUUGAUCCACUUCUUUCGAUCCAGAUCACGAGUUUCAAGUGCGGUGGAGUGGCUCUCGCCGUCAGUGUUCCUCACAGAAUCUUCGAUGCGUCAUCUCUGGCAACGUUCAUCACUGCUUGGUCGAGUGCAGGAAAGAUCAUAAUCUGCCCCUGCUUCGAUGCUGCCUCAUGGUUUCCCGCCAGGAAUCAUCAGGGAAAGGGACGUGGUAUAGAAGCUUCUAGAAGCAUCGUGAAGAAGUUUCCAUUCAAGAAGGAAGCCCUAGCCAGCUUGAGAUCAAUAUCGAGGGUUUCUAGGGUUUCUAGGGUUUGUGCAGUGACUGCUGUCAUCGCCAGGGCCCUGAUCGGCUUGGACAGGGCGAAACGUGAAGGAGAAUCGAGACCUUCCAUCAUCGUUCAAGCAGUGAACAUACGAGAGAGAACAAUCCCGCCUCUGCCUGAGCAUUCAUGCGGGAACAUGGUGGCGCUAUCGCCCACGCGUUGCAUGGAUGCAGCUGAGACGAUGCAUGCAGGAAUUCGAGAACUGGUUUGUCUGUUAGGUGAUGCCAUCGAGAAAUCCAUCUCCGGAUAUGCUUUGUUGAGGUCUGUGGAUCAGGAAGGGAUGAAGGGCAUCGUCAUCAAUCCUGUUGCUGAUGCGUAUAAAAAAUCCGUCAGAGGCGAGGCGAACGUGAUGUGGUUCAGUGAUUGGAGUAAGUUUGGAUUCUACGAAGCUGAUUUCGGGUGGGGGAAGCCUGCCUGGACCAGCAUUGGUGAAGUGCCUGGUGAAAACUUUGUUGUGUUGAUGAACGACAAAGAAGGCGAUGGAAUUGAGGCGUGGGUGAAUUUGGAUGGUAAUGAUAUGAAAUUGUUUGAGCAAGAUGAAGAAAUUGGAUUCUUUACAACUUAAGAUGUGGAUUAAACAAAAAAGAAUGCAUGUUUUGGUGGUUUCUUUUCUAUUUAGGCUCGUUUGCUACGUGUUAUAUAUGAGACGUGAUAUCUAUUUUCUUUUCAAUAGCAUGUUCGGUAAAAUACAUAAAAAAGAUUUUAUGCUAUCACAUCUCCUAGAUGUGAUACAAAAUCUAAAUAUAUAAUAUAUGGAUAAUAGAUCACGGACCAUGAAUUUUAUAUAGGGCUUUAAGUUUUGAAGCAAACAAUAUAUUAGAGUGAUAUGUAUCUAUCCCACACUUAUCAUGCAUAGCAAACGAGAGCCUUGUACCUUUUAUGAUAAGAAAUAGAAGUGAACUACACUAGUAGCUGGAUUAAAAUUCCAAUUAUGAUUAGGCAUAACU